GGCGCGCGGCCGAGACUGGCCAAUGGCGUGAGCGCUCGUGCGCCUCCAUCUUUGCGCCGCCCGAGUGCUGCGCUGUGGGCGGUUGCGGGAGAGCGGCGGGACGCCGGGCGACAGUGCCGUGCCUCACUUCGGGGCCUUGUCCCUCGCUGCCUGAAGCCACGAUGCCUCAGUUCCAGACCUGGGAGGAGUUCAGCCGGGCGGCCGAGAAGCUCUACCUGGCGGACCCCAUGAAGGUACGUGUGGUUCUCAAAUACAGGCAUGUUGAUGGGAAUUUGUGUAUCAAAGUAACGGAUGAUCUAGUUUGUUUGGUGUACAGAACAGACCAAGCGCAAGACGUAAAGAAGAUUGAGAAAUUCCACAGUCAGUUAAUGCGACUUAUGGUGGCCAAGGAAUCCCGCAAUGUCACUAUGGAAACAGAAUGAAUGGUUUGAAACGAGGACGACUGUUAUGUUGUUGGGAAGCAAUCAGCUUUUGAAACGGAGAGUGGGAAAGAAAUACGUAACGGAGCUGUCAAAAGCUGAGAGACCAGCCUGUGUCCUAAAGUUUGCUUUAGAGAGUAGGAAUGUCGGGGUUUCCAGUUAGAAAACCUUUAUUUUUGGAAACGGAAUAAAAAUAUCUUAGAAAAUUUUUGCAGAUAAUUUGAUGUUGGGCAAAUAUAUAUAAUUAUUUUUUCUGGUAAAUUCAUGUCAGUAAUUUGUUAAAGAAUUAACAAGAAGAGGUCUUUCUAGAAGAUUGUGUUUAAGAUGAAAUAAAAUGUAACUUUUGCUGCAGUGGUAUGUUUCUUUUGGAGUAUAACAUGUGUGCCGUUUAUAAUACACACAUGGUAAUGGGGACUACCUGCUCCGUGGUGCACACGAUCCUGUGUUGUGAAGAGCAAGUCUGCUUUACCUUUCUUGCCAGGUUCAAACUGUGUUUUUAAAUGGAAGGGAUUUGUGGCAUCCUCUUGCUGAGCGGUGAACAGAGCGAGAUGCAGUUAUGUGUGCACCGGCAGGAUACUGACACUGAUGGCUGACAGUGUAUGCGUCGUUCACACCGGUGUGCAGCGUACGCAGUGUGUGCUCAGUGUGGCUCCCGCCUCAGACUGAACUAAAGUGUUACUACAGCAUGCCUCUCAGAACUGUUAGCUUCCUAAUAAACCACAGAUCCACCGCUUAUAUGUAGCUUGUAUUUGUAAAGUCUGAUUUUUACCAUCUAAAUGUAAAGUUCCAUGUUGUCCGCUCAAGACUGAAGUGAAGAUACUGCAUUCAAGUAUUUUUUGUAAAAGUUUGUCAUGUUGAAUAACUUGAAAUUUUUAUUAGUUAUAAGAAUUUUAGUCUGUUUUAGAGGUCAGUAAAUAAAAUACAAGCAUCCUG